UGGGCCGCGCGGCGAUGUCAAUGGCCACAAGUGGAAUUUGAUAUCAAAUAACAGGCGAUGAUUACGACGUUAUUAUAAGUCUUGCUUCUCCAGUCGCUGCACAACGAGUGAGUGAUGCAAACGCGCGUCGCACAGCAAUUUAUAGCAGCUGAGAUCGCACACAGAAUCGGUUAGGAUAAUUUAACAUUAUGACUGAAGAGGUUGCGGGCGUUUUGGCACAAAUCAGCGGCUUCGUGGGUGUUCCGGAAGCCGGCUUUAGACUAUUACUAGGAAUUCUCUCAGGAUAUCCAUUAGCACUGAUAUACCGCAAGUACCUGUACAACAAGCCCGCGGAAGUUCAGAGCCUCUAUUUCGCCGUGACGGGAGUGUGCGUGGGCUACUGGAACUUCGGGGCCGACAUAUUUCACUGUGCGCUUUCCAUUUUGAUUUCUUACUGUACCAUUACCUUCCUGAAUGGCAGCGCUUUAAGUGUGGUCAUAAUUUUUGUGUUCAACUUCGUGUACUUAAUGAUGGGUUAUUAUUACGCAAGCACGGAACAGUAUGAUAUUAACUGGACAAUGCCCUACUGUAUUCUGUGUCUAAGACUGAUCGGGGUAGCGUUCGACGUCUACGACGGACAGCAGCAGGCAGAAAAUCUAUCGUCAGACGGCAAGUACCACGCACUCAAAACCGUGCCUAGCCUUGUGGAACUGUUUGGCCACUGCAUGUUCCCGACCGCCUUCCUCGUGGGGCCUCAGUUUCCCAUGAGGCGUUAUCUGGAUUUCGUGGGCGGCAAAUAUUGCCCAAAGGAUGCCAAUGGUAAACUUUCGCCAACAGACUCCGUGUCGGCUUCCCUGAGGAAAUUUAUAUAUGGGGUGGCGUACUUGGCGAUAUUCCAGAGCCUCUCGUUUUUCGUUUCCGACGACUACAUACUGUCCGAGGAGUACGCGAACUUGGGGUUUAUUAAAAAAAUGAUUCUCUUGGGAGUCUGGGGCCGGUUCACCUUGUACAAGUACAUAUCGUGUUGGCUACUUACAGAAGGCGCCUGCAUACUUUUCGGCGUCGCGUACAAUGGCGAGAAGAACGGCGUGACUCACUGGGACGGUGUCGAGAACGUGAAACUGUCGGUAUUCGAGAACACUACCGAGUUCAACCACUACAUCAUGUCGUUCAAUACGAACACCAACCAAUGGAUCGCCCGCUACAUAUACAAGAGGCUGAAGUUUUUCGGCAACAAGAAUGUGUCUCAAUUCGCUGCGCUACUGUUUUUAGCCGCUUGGCACGGCGUCCACAGCGGCUACUACCUGACCUUCCUCUUUGAGCUUGUGGUCAUGUACAUGGAACGCGAGGUGAAGUCGAUAGUGAAAUCAAAUGAGCGGUUGUCCCGAUUCUUCCGCGACCCGAACGUCAAACUCGUCAGGAACCUCGUCCUGCGCCUGUACACAUUCGUAUUCAUGGGCUGGUCGCUGUUGCCAUUCGCCCUGCUGACGUGGCAACGUUACUGGAUCGCGUUCGCCAACUGCAAUUACGCGGGUUUCCUACUGUUCUGGCUGUGGCCAAUCGUGUACGCGCCCCUACUGCGGUUCGUCUUCGCCAAAGACCCGCCUCUCGCGGAUGGUAAAUAAAAAAAAAACAUAUUUUGUUAUACAUUGGAAAAUUGACGGUUCGUUUUCGAGUCGCAGGUUUGGGUUUUUGCCAUCAUUAGGGUCUCGCGUUUUUUUUUUCUCCGGUAGUUCGUUUGUACCGGGGAAAUUUCGCUCGGAAACGUUCUGUGAUACGCAACCCGCUGUGAUAACAUGAUUUUUUAAAAGCACAAACACACAGGAGAAUUUUAUUUACGCCAAAAUAGAAAUAAUUUAGUGGCAAAGACUGAACCGAAGGUUGGUGGCGAAACGUCAAUUUUUGCUCGACAGGAAGGGAGGGGGCGUGGUGUUAGUCGACCGGCCGCCAUCGAAAUGUCCCAAUCUCCCUAUUAUUAUAUAUGUCUGGGUGUGUGUCUGUUUUAUUUUAUCAAGAGUUUAUCGCUAAAUGUGAUCGCGCGGUGUUGCCGCGCAUUUUUUACGUGUCUAACGAAUUAUAUAGUUAUAGAUAACCUAUAUUAGGCGGAGGUUUACUUAUUUUUGCCCUGCACGUGAAUUCUACAUGUGGAACUUAAAACGAAAUGUAACUGUUUUUUGAAUAAAUCCUUUAAUACCG